AUGAUACGAAAUUUUAUUAUUUUGAAUGACCCUGGUAAUAAAGAAGUUUGCCCGCUUAAAAUUCCGGUAAGUCCGCCCUAGGUUUUGUUAUUCGUUUUUAGCUAAUAGCUCGUCGAUACCUUGUGCUUAUUUUUGAACGCUCCGGUUACAUUUACGUUCUUCGAAUGCGUUUAUUUCUCCUUAAGGUUGGAGGGUACCUUGAUCGGAUACGUUUUAAUGCAUUGGGUAGGUGUGCUUUUGAGACAAUCGCUUGAAAGUUAGGUCUUUGAACAUCCCCUUACAAGGGCUCGGCAAAACCUCGUCCCCUGGUUUCUUCCUGAAACAUAUACCAUUUGAAAGAGCGCAAAAAACUGGUCUAGGAUCACCUUCAAUUAGCUGCUAAGAUUCACUUACGUGCUAGCUAGCGGACUUUUUUUCAAAAUUCCCAAUUAGACUUUGGGAACCUUUUCUUCUGGGAUGCCAACGAGAUCGAAUAAUCACUUUUCAUACAAAUAUUAGUCACCUAUGGUAAUGGAGGCUUCAAUCAAGAUCAAAAAACAUAAAGUUUUUUCCGAGCUUGAAACUCUCAGGUCGAAGCCUUCAACGAGUGAUUAGGCGAUGUUUUAGGUCUUGUAAACCGAGACAUACUAGGAGGUUUCAAACAUGUAUACCGUUUUCAGGCUCGCUUUUCACGUACUGUCCGUAAAUGGGCAUUCCUGGCAAAAAAUAUUAAAGCCGUUGAAAGUUGCGACCAUUUUGGAUGCCCACUUCAGGGUCAAAGACACCUUUAUCACAAAAAAUUAAAAAACCUGUCCAUUUUUCUAAUAAAACUAAUCUAGGGUACCCCAAAAAUCAAUUUAAAAUUAAAGAAUACAUGCGAGCCUUCUUCAUUCCAUAAUAGCCAAAAAAAUCCAAUGAUUCAAAAGAGGAUUCGAACCAGGUCCGCAGGUCCUCCUUGUAAAGCGCCUUACCCCACUAGGCCACCGACGCACUGCUUCGCCGUGCUUUUGAAAUCGAUUCCUUUUGUUUUCUUGAAAGAAGGGUGAGACUGGCUUAGAACUAAAAAAUGCUCGCUAGCUGGUUGAACCUGAACUCUACCCCUUUUCUGAACUUUACCCCUUUUUCAACUCUACCCCUUUUUGAACUUUACCCCUUCAGAACUUUACCCCUUUUUCAACUCUACCCCUUGAAUGAACUUUACCCCUUUUUGAACACUACCCCUCAUUUUGAAAAUUGAAAAAAUGAGAUGUGACACCUUAUACGAUGAAAAUUUUUUUCAAAUUGAAAAUAAUAAGGUGUGACAUCUUAUACGAUGAAAAAGUUUUUCAAAUUGAGAAAAAUCAGGCGUGACAUCUUAUACGAUGAAAUUUUUUUUCAAAUUGAAAAUAAUAAGGUGUGACAUCUUAUAUGAUGAAAAUUUUUUUCAAAUUGAAAAUAAUCAGGUGUGACAUCUUAUAUGAUAAAAAUUUUUUUCAAAUUGAAAAUAAUAAGGUGUGACAUCUUAUAUGAUGAAAAUUUUUUUUCAAAUUGAAAAUAAUAAGGUGUCCCACCUUAUACGAUGAAAAUUGUUUAACGGUCGAAUAGUAUUUAUUUUGCUAAAAUCAUAUGUACAGGGUGGUUCAGCUAAGUUCGCGGAUGUAAAAUGCUUAUAACUUUUUAUCGGAUUGUUCAAUUUUUAUGAGCAAUAGCUCAUUUUAUUCCUUAGUAGUUACCAUUUUGUUUAAAAAAAAGAUCAUUAAAAAUGAUCAGUCCUACGUCGAGUUAUGACCCUUCAAAGUCAAACAUGCUUUUUCACGCAAAUUUUAAAAAAAUUUGAUUUUCAAAAAUUUUUGAAUUUUGAAAACUGUAAUAAAAACUGAGCUAUUCAACGUUGAGAUAUCCGGAAAAAAAUUUUAGUGAAGUUGCUACACAAAAUUCUAAGACUUUUGGCAUCAGCGGAUAGUUGAAAUUUUUCGUUUCCGGCGAGCUGCGCUCUGUUAAAAGUGGGAUUUUUUAAUCGUUUUUUUCGCCGUAACUUUUGACAUUUUUUAGGUAGCCCUUAGCUUUUUGGCUAUUGUCAUCAGCGAAUGGGGCCGAAACUUUGCGUUUUUUCGAAAUUUGCAUAUCUAUGCCCUCCGGAUAUCACCCCUAACGGUUGGAAUUUUCGGAUUUUUUUUUGAUUCCAUCGUAUUCUACGCAAAAUUCUAUGACUUCUGAAGCCCAUUUACAAUUUACAAUUAUCGACCGGUCGAAAGUUAUAAGCGCUUUUCGAGAUUUUUCGGAAAUUUUGAGAUUGAAGCGUGAAAAAGCAUGUUUGACUUUGAAGGGUCAUAACUCGACGUAGGAUUGAUCAUUUUUAAUGAUCUUUUUUUUAAAUAAAAUGGUAACUACUAAGGAAUAAAAUGAGCUAUUGCUCAUAAAAAUUGAACAAUCCGAUAAAAAGUUAUAAGCAUUUUACAUCCGCGAACUUAGCUGAACCACCCUGUACUUAUGUGUUUAUGGUGUAUAUCGCUUCCUUUGCGUAAGGUUUCUGGUUGGUCUCUCUUGCUGGGGCAUUGUGUGGGGGUUCUCGCAAGUUACCGCGGUAGUAGCCGGCUGAUUCGUCUUUGCACUCUGUUUAUUAACAGUUGAACGCAAUUUGAAAAAAAAUUUCAUCAUAUAAGAUGUCACACCUUAUUAUUUUCAAUUUGAAAAAAAAUUUCAUCGUAUGAGAUGUCACACCUGAUUAUUUUCAAUUUGAAAAAAAUUUUCAUCGUAUAAGAUGUCACACCCUAUUUUUGUCGAUUUGAAAAAAAUUUUCAUCGUAUAAGAUGUCACACCUGAUUAUUUUCAAUUUGAAAAAAAUUUUCAUCAUAUAAGAUGUCACACCUUAUUAUUUUCAAUUUGAAAAAAAAUUUCAUCGUAUAAGAUGUCACACCUGAUUAUUUUCAAUUUGAAAAAAUUUUUCAUCGUAUAAGAUGUCACACCUGAUUAUUUUCAAUUUGAAAAAAAAUUUCAUCAUAUAAGAUGUCACACCUUAUUAUUUUCAAUUUGAAAAAAUUUUUCAUCGUAUAAGAUGUCACACCUGAUUAUUUUCAAUUUGAAAAAAUUUUUCAUCGUAUAAGAUGUCACACCUGAUUAUUUUCAAUUUGAAAAAAUUUUUCAUCAUAUAAGAUGUCACACCUGAUUAUUUUCAAUUUGAAAAAAUUUUUCAUCGUAUAAGAUGUCACACCUGAUUAUUUUCAAUUUGAAAAAAUUUUUCAUCGUAUAAGAUGUCACACCCUAUUUUUGUCGAUUUGAAAAAAAAAAACAUCGUAUAAGAUGUCACACCUCAUUAUUUUCAAUUUGAAAAAAAUUUUCAUCAUAUAAGAUGUCACACCUGAUUAUUUUCAAUUUGAAAAAAAAAUUCAUCGUAUAAGGUGUCACACCUCAUUAUUUUCAAUUUGAAAAAAAAAUUCAUCGUAUAAGAUGUCACACCUGAUUUUUCUCAAUUUGAAAAAAUUUUUCAUCGUAUAAGAUGUCACACCUUAUUUUCUCAAUUUUCAAAAUGGGGUAGUGUUCAAAAAGGGGUAGAGUUCAGAUUUUUUGGCGAAAAUCAAAAAAGGGGUAGAGUUCAGCCUUUUUUGGGGUAGAGUUGAAAAAGGGGUAAAGUUCAGAUUGGGGUAAAGUUCAGAAAAGGGGUAGAGUUCUGCCGCAACGCUCGCUAGCUAGUAUGUAAGAGAAUCUUAGCAGCUAACUAAAGGUGAUCAUAGACCAGUUUUUUACGCUCUUUCAAAUGGCAUAUGUUUCAAGAAGAAACCAGGGGACGAGGUUUUGCCGAGCCCUUGUUAGUUUAAAAUUGACUGUUGAGACCUCUGAUAUUGGUUUUUAUGUACAGGUUUUGUUGCAAAGACGUUAAAUUGUAUAUUCAAGGUUCAAUACAAGCCUGAACUCUUUACGUAUUUUUUUCAUAAAGUGCAUGGAAAAUUUUUCGUUUUUGCACGGUUCAUCUUGGACUUUUUUCGACGCUUGUCGUCAAUGCAAACCUCAAAAAAACCCCCGUUUGCACUGUAAGUACUAGUCCGUUUGUAAAGUCGCUGGAAUGUUUUCGGCGACAUGCACUCCGCGAAACCGAAAGUUCACUUUGCACUGUGCAAUUUUUGGCUUUUUGCACAGUGCAAUAGGCUUUUUCGAGCUGUCGCUCGCACCCUGAGUUUUCUUGCACAGUGCACGUCGCCUUCCAGCGACUUUACGAACGGACUAGUAAUAUAACUGAGAAAAUUUCUCUCUAGAUGUAGAGGAAGAAGACCACAAAAUCAAACAUCAAACUCCGCUGAUUAAACUCUUAAAGCUUGUCUAUUCCAUGCCGGAGAUUGAGCCAGGAAAAAAGAGAUACAUAGGUCAAUUACAAGUGGAAACAUCAACCUACAAACACUCUUUAUUCGUAAUGCGCGCGUUGUUUUGUAAGUCCGGAUUUGUGAGUUUCCUCUAGUUUUUACAACUAUUGCAGAUGACCGAAUUCCAACCGUUUAUAGAGACGGCGGUGCUCUAUCUCGAGAAUAUUAUGACUUACUUUCCAAAGAAUUCGAUUUUUAUGUAGACAGGGUAGAAGGAAGGAGCUGGGCUCUUCAUCCUUUGGGGUCUAAUCCAGAUGAUCCUAGGGUUUUUCGGGGCGUUGAAGUCUUUGGUAUGGAUCAGUAUGACUGUGAGUAAAUGUAUAUAUGAAUGAAUCUAUGUUUCAAGAUUGUCCACAUGUCUUUAACAUCAAAACAAAAGAUUUGAGAAUACACCUGGACAACAUUGCCUUAUAUGAUACGUAAGAUAUCCGUCUUUCUUUCAGACCAUGUCGUUACGGUGUCUUCUUUAGCCUUCCAGAAAUGCCUCAUCUGGAGACUAUGUUUUGUCAUAUAAACCCGAUCGGCCUUUAUGACUACUCCGUUGCCUCUUCGCAUUACGAGAAAUUAGCGGAACGCUUGGCCAUUGCAGCUCCAUAUCUGUAUUGCAUUGGUCUGAAGAUGAAUUGCGCCAUAAAUUGUAAUGUAAGACUUUCAAACUCUGCAUUAAAAUUUUAGAGCCUUGAAAACGGAGAGAAAGCAUUUAUCCGAGCACUGUCGUCGCUUGAGCUUGCUGUCGAUGGGUUGAAUCAGCACAUCUUAGUUGAUCCGAAAUUUUUCAAUAUCACAUUAUUUCUUCCCGCAAAAGCAAGAGUGAGUUCAAUUUGCUGGCCAAAAUAGCACAAAAGUCUUCGAGUUUUCGUAUUUGACUCAGUCAUUUAGGAGGAGCUCCCGGCAAGAGUUGAAUCAACAGUCAUCGAUGAAGAUGAAUCCUUAGGCGUUGAUGUCAACGACGAAUUGAACCACGAUGUUUGCGCACAUUUCAAACGCUUAAUGUAUUGGCACAUUAAUGAAGCGGGCAUACCGGAUUAUCUAGAGUUGGAAACGAAUAUGCAUUUCCGAUUUCUCUUUGAUGAUGGCGUUGAUGCUGAACACCGCCGUGACAAACGGAUUGACCCUCAGAAUGGGUACCAUUUUUGGGUUGACCGGUUUUAA